GGUUGCCGAAAGCGGAGCGCAAUACGUUUCUGGAAUAAGGGAAUUUACAGAAACGCAAAUGAAGUUUGCGUGAAUGUGUGGAAGCGACAUCGGUGUUGUGGGACGUUUUUUAUAUCGGAUUUUAGACUCACUUCUGUGGACGUCAGACUCUACAGCUUGAACCCGGACCAAGAGGCAAAACUCUGGAUUGUCAUAAAGACUCAUCAAGAGCAAGGCAGCAGAGCCUGCUCACCUGCGGUGACCCCAGACUCUAACAACCCGACAGCCUCUAUGCACAUCAACCUGACCGUGGCUGUCAAGGAAUCCCGUGCCUUUCAUGGAACUAAGCCUGCAAAUUGCUCUGCUACCGCCGACGCUGUGGUAGUGACAGCCAUGGAGUCACGUCAGGUGUCGGCUGCCCCACCAGGACCCCCGCCUCCUCCCCCACCUCCUCCGCCCCCUCCUCCUCCCCCGCCUCCACCUGCUUCUUCUUCGCCGUUUAGCCGGACAAAUGCCGUCCGUCAGAGUCGGCUGAGGAAGCUGAACUGGGAGCGUAUCCCCAAAGAGAAGGUGGAAGGGAGGAAGAGCGUGUGGAGUGGUGCGGCCCCCGAUGAGGACGAGUUUCCUAUAGACCUCCAUUCUCUGGAUGAGUUGUUUGGGCAGAAGGACAGCAAGCCAAGGGACAGAACCGUGACGUUGAGGCGACGGUCCGCCCUGCUACGAUGCAGAUCCCUACAGGAUAGCUCGAAAGAGAUUUUUCUACUGGAUUCCAAACGCAGUAUGAACAUAGGAAUAUUUCUACGGCAGUUCAAAAUGCCAGCUAAGGAGAUUGUCGAAGACAUCAGGCACGGUGUCGGAGAUCGUUACGGAGCCGAGAAGCUCUCAGAGCUCUGCAAGCUGCUGCCUGACAGCGAGGAGGAAUGUCGCCUUAGGAGGUUCAGUGGAGAGAGGAGCUGUCUUGGAGAGCCCGAUCUUUUCAUGUUGCUUUUAGUGGAAGUUCCCAGUUUUCGGCUCCGUCUGAACGCCAUGAUCCUGCAACAAGAGUUUGACCCUUCUCUGACCUCUCUGUGUGUGGCAGCCAGAUGUCUGAGGGAGGCGGCUAGAGAACUGCUGAGCUGUCCCGAAUUGCACUCCAUCCUCCGUUUGGUGCUGAAAGCGGGGAACUACAUGAAUGCCGGUGGAUAUGCAGGGAAUGCAGCUGGCUUUCGAAUUUCAUCACUUCUCAAAUUGGCCGACACCAAAGCCAACAAGCCAGGGAUGAAUUUGCUGCAUUUUGUUGCUAUGGAAGCUGUGAAAAAAGACCAGAGUUUGCUGUCUUUUCCCAGCCAACUGGGCCACGUUGGCUCCGCCUCCAGGUUGUGUGAAGAGGCUGUCCUAGAUGACCUGGCAAAGUUAAAAAGCAGAGUGGCCGCACUCAAGACAAAUAUGGAGAAUGAGGCAGAGAUUAAGCAACAGACGCAAUCUUUUCUGGAGAGGGCUGGGGAGCGUCUGAAAGAGGUCGACGACGAGGUAGAGGGCAUGAGGAUGUCGAGUCAAGCUUUGGUGGAGUUUUUCUGUGAAGACGACAGCACUUUCAAACUAGAGGAGGCCUGCAGGGUCUUCCAUUUGUUUUGCCACCGGUUUCAAAGAGCUGUUCAGGAAAACGAGGAACGGGACCUUAAGGAGAAGAAACGGAUAGAACGUCAACGCGAGGUUGCGGAAAAGCGUCGCUCUCUCGCGGUUUGCACAGGGCUGGAACUGGGGCUGAGUCUCGCCAGAGAGCCUCACUGUCAGGAAAACCAAGAUGAAUUGGAGAGACUUUUGGAGAAGAACCUGAGUUACAAUUGGAGCCGCCGCAGUCUUAGAACCGCUGAUUCUCGCAGAUUCACACACCACAUUCAAAAUGACACUCUUCUCAACCCUUCGUCCAUUCUCAAGAGCUUCCCAAUUUUGGGUAGUAGCCCCACAUCCACUGGUUUUCACUCGAACAGCUCGUCGGACCACGAGACCAGUGCCAUGCUCUGCAGCUCCCCUGAAACUGAUGGUGGGUGUUCCCCCCUUGACCAAGAGUCUGUUCUGGAAAGAGGGAUUAGAACAUCGAAACGGAGCAUGGAAGCAGUUAAAGACUCCCAUGUUGCAGCAUUUAGUGCCUCUCACGAUGGAAAUGGCUUCACUUUGAAGCAAUAUGGGCCUGAGAGCAUUUCCUACUCACUUCAUGACCAACAGAAAACAUCAGGACUUCUACAAAAGACGGAUUAUUCUGCUGAACACGUGGCUUUGAACAGUUCUAGUACAUACCCUGCUGCUAUAAGUACCGAUGCAUCAGCCCGAGGUGUUAAAAGCCAGACCCCCACUUUCAGACAGAGGCUUACUGACAGUAACAGUCCUGCUGUUCAGGAGUCCAAUGAUACCUCUGGAACACUUUCUGACAGAGACACAGAGACUGAGACCAAAUUGCAAUCAGCCACAGAGGAAGUACCAUCCCAGCCACAGAUAGAGUUCAGUCAAAGCGUUCAAAUAAGUGCAGAUACGUCUUUGCCUGAUGCGAGUUUAACAAAAGAGGGAGAAGCUGGGGUGGUUUUAACCUCAGUGGAGGAGGACUGCAUGCCGUCCAGCCUGCCAGAGUUUAGCCAUUCACAGCCAGAGGAGGCCUCUGAUUCACCGGCUGCUGAUAAAGAGACUGCCAGGCCAUUCACACGUGUGGGUGAAACACUGGAGUGCCACACUCUGGUAAAAGGUCUACGAUCCUACGAGACUCUGUCUCCCCCAACCUCUCCACUGCCACGACCUACACCGAGCCUAUGCUCCAAGUGGAGGAAGGAGAGGGAGGUAGACGUUCACGAGGGCACUGCUUCAGCAUCUACAGCGUCGAAGGGGGAGGCCAGGACCGCGAAGACCCCGAUGCGUAGUGGUAUCGCGACAAAGAGGGGGUUUGUGUCCCGGACUGUGCCAUCAAACAGCACUGGGAUUCCUAGAGUACGCUCCAAAGCUGAGCCUUCCAACGGGGCACCAGCACCUACCAACCCACCCACGCCUGCACGGCCGUCCAUUCCCCGCAGCGUUUCGGCUCGCUUGUCUCCCACCGUUCAACCAGCCGUGGCUCAGGUGGAGGUGAGGCGAAGCACCAGCACGCGGGACAGAACCACAAACGAGUCACAGAUUCCAGAGAAGGCCGCUUUGACUCGGAGGUCUUCGGACAGAACCCCACAGGAGAAGGUCUCCGGCGGCACCCAGCCGGCCUUCGUCAGGGGAGCCCUGACACGUGUGUCCAAACGCGUCGCUCCGAACCCUGAGACCCAGCUCCCGUCCCAGUUGCGGACCGCCAAUAGCCCAUCCUCGGCCACUGCCAAGACCAUCCGCACAGCUGUCAUAUCAGCUGCCCGCAGCAAAACAGCCAAGACAACAACCUCUGUGGGGGCCUCGCCGGCUGAACCUAAAACCCCAGCUGCGUCACGGAUACCCAGUCUCAAAAUGCCCAGGGCCACCGCAGCUCAGCCUCUGUGGAGAUGACAGAAGGGCGUGUCCUUGUCAAAUGUCUCAUGUCUGGAUAGAUUUUUAAGUUUUAACUAAUUUAAGUGGAAUAUUUCUGUCCAUUUUAGGGCCUGGGUUAUGUAUGUUUGAUUUAGCACUGAGAGCUUUGGAGAUACUUUAUAUCCUGCCUUUCACACAUUAGCAGGGUAGUGCAUUCUCUACAAUCUACCUCUUUGUACAUCCAUUUGUGUCCUUUGCAGGCAGUAGGACAGCAAUAGAAGACCUCUUCCCGUAGAACAGCCUUAAUGCUUAGAGAGGCGCAUAACUUUGGGAAGCCGUUAUAAUCGAUAUCCUGGAUGGAAAAGUAGUUUUCAAGAAAGUAAUCCAAAUGUGAUGCACACUGUGGGCCGCUACCAGAGUAAUCAGGGUUGUUUUGAACUGAACCUGAUACAAUAUUGAAAAGUUAAUUUAGUUGUUGAUUGGCCUCAACACAAAGCUGCACUUUACAAACUGAAAAGAGGCUAAAAGAGAUGAUUAUUGUCAUUUUUUUUUAUUUUAUAUAAAAAUCUAUAACUUUAUUCGAUGUGAUUAUUCACUUUGAGAUAUGUAUUUGUAAAAAAUAAAA